AUGCGCUCAGUGUCUCACGCGCUGUUUGGCUCCCACGAAGCCAAGCUCCUCACUCCCGAUGAAGAUAACCAGAGCGAUGGUUCCGGCCACGGAUCAGAUGAGUCUGGGCCAUCCAAUGCUCCUAUCCCUCCAACCUACUACAGUAUGCCGUUGGAGAAGGACCUGCCGGUCUUCUCUCGUCUCCCCAAAGCGAAGAACCUGGCAUUGAUCUUUGAGAACGCAUAA